AUGAUCGCUGGUGCAGUAAUCAAGGUGGACGACAUCAAGGGGAACUUUGCGAAACUGGGCAUUUUCGUAGCCACUGUGGUGGUGGGCAUUGCCGUCCUCGCAGUAUUCGAGGUGCUCUUCUACUUCGCCUGCACUCGCAAAAACCCCUUCACGCCGAUUAGGCAUCUAUCCAGAGCCUGGUUCAUCGUCUUUGCCACUACCAGCGCGCUCGUGGGAGUUCCGGAGAUAAUAGAAGGUUGCGACGAGAUGGGCGUACGAAGGGCGACCUCGCGAUUCGUCGCUCCGCUGGCGGCCACGCUUAAAGCUGAUGGCUCUGCCGUCUUUAUUGCUGCCUCUAGCGUCUUCAUCACUCAGAUGGAGGGUCUCGGCGACAACUCUGGCAAAAUCGUCGUCAUCUGGCUUCUAACCUCCGCACUGGUCAUUGCUAUUCCGCAUAUUCCCAGCUCCAGCAUUGUCAUUAUCUUGACUGUUCUGUCUUCCGUUGGUGUACCGGUUGAGCAGGUUUCCCUCCUCUACGCUACGGAAUGGCUUUUGGAUCGAAUCCGUUCUGGUAUGUCCUGCGCCUCUACGUUCUACUGUGUCAUUUACACCGAGUACAUGACAAUUAAAAAAGGAGAUGCAAACGUGGAUGAGGAUGAUUAUGAUAUGGUUAUGUCCGAACUAUCCAAGGCGGACAGCCUUAAAAGUGCCACCUGA